AUGGGAUCAAGACCAGAACCCCCUCCUCAGAUUGAGAUGUCCCCACCCUACCUACGCGACACCGACAUCACUCCGGAGCCACCUGAAGUCCCAGAGGCUCCCGAGAAAAAGAAGUCCCCAUGGAAGCAGGUUGCUUCAAAGCUCAAUGCACUUGGAGAUGCUUUGAAGCCUGCUUCUCGCUCUGCUUCAUCGGCGUCACAGGACCCGCCGCUAGGGUCGGAUGUUGAGGGGUUUUUGAGAGGUGCUGCUCCCUCGAAAAAGAGCGCGACAUGGCCGACGUUUGCCAGCAGCGACACCACAGGCCCGAGCAGCCAUAAUACGACGGACGACAGCAGCAUGCUCGGUCCAGGUCCUGAGAUUCAGAAUGUGCCUAGAAGUACUGCGGUGCCGACUGAGGCAAGCUGGUUGUAUAGGCCGCAAGGAGCCUCUGGUAACCUUCAAAAUGCUCUCUCUGCGAAAGGGCGCGGCCAGCUGAUGCCUCCCGGGCUCUCGAACCUGGCCGAAGAGGAGCAGUUCGAGUACAUGCAGAUGCGUGACGCCUACGCUAGCGCUCUGUUGCUGGAGCAUGCCAUCAAAGGGCUAAACUCGGUGACAGUCGGGGAGUUCCGGAAGCCGUGGCACAUCGAGGCUUUGCACAAGGCGAGGCUGGCGGCGGAAGAGGUGAAGGAGGGUGUUGAGGAGAGUGACCACCGGGACAUGAUGGCGGAUGUGGGAUGUGAUCCGAUUGCUGCUGCUGAGCAUAGGUUCAUGAUGCAGACGAGGGAGUAG